GGGGAAGGAGGGAACCAGCCAUCCGUCGCAGCUUCCCCACUCACUCUCUCCGCCGCUGCAACUCCGCAACUCUCCCGUUCUUUGCCUGGACAUGUCUUGAGAAAGUUGGAUCUCUCCUUUUCGCCUUCCUUUCCUCCUUUUUUUUUUCUUCUCCUUUUUAUUUUUUUCCCUUUUCCUUUUAUUAUUUUUCCCUCCCUCCCCAUCUCUUCUCCCCCUUCCCACCGCCGUUCGAGUAGCAGGCAGCCGAUGGGGGGGAGCCGACAUGCCGCGCUGUGGCGAUGGGGACGGGCGCCGCGCUCGCUGAGCGCCGGGGCCGCGGCCGGCUGCCCGCUGUAGAGGUGCGCGGCCGCCGGGGCUGCUCUCGUUCCUUCGCCGAAGGCCAGGAAAAAAUAAGAAAGAAAAAGAGGAAAAAAAGAAAAAAAAAGGAGGGAGGGAAAAGGAAGCGCGCGGAGAUGAACUGAGCUGGAGCGGACUUUGAGAGGGGAGCGCCGAGUCCAGCUGGCCCGGUUUUUUUUGUAAUUGCUGCCAUGGGAAGAUACUUGACUAUGCUGUUGCUGCUGAUGCUGCUGGUGCAGCAUUUUGGAAACUGUGAAGGAAAUCAAAUCCCACAUCAUGCUCCACCAAUGCAAUUUACACAAGUACAGUAUAAUGCCACUGUGUAUGAGAAUUCUGCAGCCAAGACUUAUGUUGGGCAUCCAGUGAAAAUGGGCAUUUACAUCACAAAUCCAUUAUGGGACAUAAGAUACAAAAUUAUUUCUGGAGACAGUGAGAACUUGUUUAAAGCUGAAGAAUAUGUUCUUGGAAACUUCUGCUUUUUGAGAAUACGGACCAAGGGAGGAAACACAGCUAUCCUUAACAGAGAGGUAAAAGACCAUUAUAUGCUGACUGUUAAAGCAGUUGAAAAAAAUACAAAUGCUGAAACACGCACGAAGGUCAGGGUACAGGUACUGGAUACAAAUGACUUGCGGCCUUUGUUUUCUCCAACAUCUUACAGUGUUUCUUUGCCUGAAAACACAGCAAUAAGGACAAGCAUCGCAAGAGUCAGUGCAACAGAUGCAGAUAUAGGAACCAAUGGAGAGUUCUACUAUAGCUUUAAAGAAAGAACAGAUGUGUUUGCUAUUCAUCCAACUAGCGGUGUGAUAGUGCUAACUGGUAGACUUGACUACUCAGACACUAAGCGUUAUGAAAUGGAAAUUCUUGCAGUGGAUCGUGGACUGAAGCUGUAUGGUAGCAGUGGCAUCAGCAGUAUGGCAAAACUAACUGUGCACGUAGAGCAAGCAAAUGAAUAUGCGCCUGUUAUUACAGCUGUUACAGUGACUCCCUCAGAAUCAGACAAGGAUCCAACUUAUGCAGUUGUAACUGUAGAGGACAAUGAUCAAGGUCCAAAUGGAGAAAUAGCAUCAUUAAAUAUUGUUGCAGGUGAUCCACUUCAGCAGUUCAGAACAGUGAGGUCUGUUCCAGGAGGUAAAGAAUACAGAAUCAAAGCCAUUGGUCCCAUUGACUGGGAGAGCCACCCCUUUGGAUACAACCUUACCCUUCAAGCUAAAGACAAAGGAAAUCCUCCGCAGUUUUCAUCUGUAAAAGUUGUUCAUGUGACAUCACCACUGUUUAAGUCUGGUCCUGUCAGAUUUGAAAAAGAGGUAUAUAGAGCUGAAAUAAGUGAAUUUGCUCCUCCAAACACACCUGUGAUAAUGGUAAAAGCUCUGCCUAGUUACCCCCAUUUAAAAUAUAUAUUUAAAAACACACCUGGCAAAGUAAAAUUCAAUUUAAACACUCACACUGGUCUCAUUACCACUUCAGAACCCAUAAAAGCACAAUACUCAUCCCAUUUUGAACUUGAAGUUGUGACAAGUGACAGAAGAGCUUCUGCGAAAGUAUUAAUUAAGGUACUAGGCAUGAACAGCAAUCCUCCUGAAUUUACUCAGACAUCCUAUAAAGCUUCUUUUGAUGAGAAUGUGCCAAUAGGUACUAGUGUCAUGAGAGUAAGCGCAAAAGAUCCUGAUGAAGGGGAAAAUGGUUACGUGACGUACAGCAUCGCAAACCUAAAUCCUUUGCCAUUUGUGAUUGACCAUUUCAGUGGGGUUAUUAGUACCUCAGAAGGCUUAGAUUAUGAAUUGAUGCCAAGGCUUUACAAUUUAAGGAUUCGAGCUUCUGAUUGGGGUAUACCGUAUCGUCGAGAAGUUGAAGUUCCUGUUACUAUUAUUUUAAACAACCUGAAUGACAAUAUACCUCUGUUUGAGAAAAUAAAUUGUGAGGGAACAAUCCCCAGGGAUCUUGGUGUUGGAGAACAAAUAACAACCGUAUCUGCCAUUGAUGCUGAUGAGCUUCAGUUGGUGAGAUACCAAAUUGAAUCUGGAAAUGAACUGGAUUUAUUUAGCCUAAAUCCAAAUUCUGGAGUACUUUCCCUCAAGCAGUCACUAACAGAUGGCCUAGGUGCUAAAAUUUCUUUUCACAGUUUGAAAAUUACAGCUACAGAUGGAGAAAACUUUGCAAAACCGUUGUAUAUCAACAUAACUGUAGCUGCUAGUCGCAAACCGGUCAACUUGCAGUGUGAAGAAACUGGUGUUGCCAAAAUGCUCGCAGAGAAGCUCUUGCAAGCAAAUAAAUUGCACAGCCGUGGAGAAGUUGAGGAUGUUUUCUUUGACACUCACUCAGUGAAUCUGCAUGCACCUCAAUUUAGAAGUACACUCCCCAGUAGCAUUGAGGUAAGAGAAGACCAACCUGUGGAUUCCAGCAUAAUACUUAUGAAUGCUACUGAUCUUGAUACUGGCUUCAAUGGAAAGUUAGUGUAUGUUAUCUCUGGAGGUAACGAAGAUAGUAGUUUCGUUGUUGACAUGGAAAGUGGAAUGCUGAAAAUCUUGUCUCCCCUUGACCGGGAAGUAAAAGAUAAAUAUACACUGAACAUUACUGUCUACGAUCUUGGAAUACCACAGAAGUCUGCCUGGCACCUUUUAGAUGUAAGAAUUUUGGAUGCUAAUGACAACCCACCAGAGUUCCUACAAGACAGCUAUUUUGUAGAAGUGAGUGAAAACAAAGAACUGAACAGUGAAAUUAUUCAAAUUGAAGCUACUGAUAAAGAUUUGGGGGCUAAUAGAGAAGUAAAAUACUCUCUUCUUACAGAUACAGACAAGUUUACUAUUAAUGCUGUGACAGGAGUUGUGAAAGUUGUGGGGGUUCUGGAUCGUGAAGAACAGCAUGUCUAUUUCUUGAAAAUAGAGGCUAGGGACCAACCUACUGAAGAACCUCAAUUAUUUUCAACAGUUAUUUUGAAAGUGUCUAUAGAAGAUGUUAACGAUAAUCCUCCUAAAUUUAUUCCUUCAAAUUAUCAUGUGAAAAUUCGAGAAGAUCUUCCUGAGGGAACGAUUAUUACGUGGCUAGAAGCCUAUGAUCCUGAUUUAGGCCAGUCAGGUCAAGUACGAUACAGUCUUUUGGACAGUGGAGAUGGCACCUUUGAUGUUGAUAAACUAAGCGGAGCAAUACGUAUUGUACAAAGACUGGAUUAUGAAAAGAAACAACUUUAUAACCUGACUGUGCGGGCCAAGGACAAAGGAAAACCCAUUUCAUUGUCCUCUACGUGUUAUGUUGAAGUGGAGGUAGUUGAUGUGAAUGAAAACUUGCACCCGCCACGGUUCUCUGUAUUUGCAGAUAAAGGCUUUAUAAAAGAAGAUGCUCCUGUUGGCUCCUCAGUAAUGACAGUAUCUGCUUAUGACGAAGACACAGGACGAGAUGGGGAGAUUCGAUAUUCUAUCAGAGAUGGGUCUGGUAUAGGAGUCUUUCGCAUAGAUGAGGAAAAAGGUAUUAUUGAGACAGCUGAUCGCCUGGAUCGUGAGACUACUUCACAUUACUGGUUGACUGUUUAUGCAACAGACCAAGGUGUUGUGCCUUUAUCAUCUUUCAUCGAAAUCUACAUAGAAGUUGGUGAUGUUAACGACAAUGCUCCUCAGACAACAGAACCAGUUUAUUACCCAGAGGUCAUGGAAAAUUCACCUAAAGAUGUAUCUGUCAUUCAGAUUGAGGCAUUUGAUCCAGAUUCUAGCUCAAGUGAAAAGUUAACCUACAAGAUUACAAGUGGAAAUCCACAGGGAUUCUUUUCGAUAAACCCCAAAACUGGUCUAAUUACAACCACAUCUAGAAAACUAGAUCGAGAACAGCAGGGAGAACACAUAUUGGAGGUAACGGUAACAGACAAUGGUAUUCCUGCAAAAUCAACAGUUGCACGAGUGAUUGUGAAGGUUUUAGAUGAGAAUGAUAAUAAGCCUCAAUUUUUGCAAAAGUUCUACAAAAUCAGGCUUCCAGAGCGUGGUAAGCCGGAACGAGAAAGAACUGCUAGGAGAGAGCCAAUCUAUCGAGUUAUUGCUGCAGAUAAAGAUGAAGGCCCCAAUGCGGAGAUCUCUUACAGCAUUGAAGAUGGUGAUGAACAUGGCAAAUUCUUCAUUGAGCCGAAAACUGGAGUGGUUUCAUCAAAGAAAUUUUCUGCAGCGAGGGAAUAUGAUAUCCUUUCCAUUAAAGCUGUAGAUAAUGGUCGUCCACAAAAAUCGUCAACUACACGGCUUCACAUAGAAUGGAUUCCAAAGCCUGUCCCACCCACAGAGCCCAUUUAUUUUGAGGAAGCAUUUUUUUCUUUUACGGUGAUGGAAAGCGACCCAGUUGCUCACAUGAUUGGCGUAAUAUCUGUUGAACCUCUUGGAACACCACUUUGGUUUGACAUAACGGGUGGCAACUAUGACAGUCGAUUUGAUGUGGACAAGGGCACUGGAACUAUCAUUGUCGCUAGACCUCUUGAUGCAGAAGAGAAAUCAAAUUACAACUUGACAGUGGAGGCAACAGAUGGAACCAGAUCUAUCAGCACUCAGGUGUACAUCAAAGUUAUAGAUACAAAUAAUCACAGGCCUCAGUUUUCUGCUUCAAAAUAUGAAAUUGUUAUACCUGAGGACACUGUACCAGAGACAGAAAUUUUGCAAGUCAGUGCCACGGACAGAGAUGAGAAGAAUAAACUCAUUUAUACUAUGCAGGGCAGCACAGAUCCCAUCAGUCUUAAAAAAUUUCGUCUGGACCCUGGAACUGGAUCUCUUUAUACUUCAGAAAAACUGGAUCAUGAGACCAUGAACCAGCAUAUUCUCACAGUAAUGGUUCGAGAUCAAGAUGUUCCUGUAAAGCGCAACUAUGCUAGGAUCAUCAUUAAUGUUAGUGACACGAACGACCAUGCUCCGUGGUUCACCAGCUCUCCUUAUGAAGGACGAGUAUAUGAGUCAGCAGCUAUUGGAUCAGCAGUGCUCCAGGUUACAGCAUUAGAUAAGGACAAAGGGAAAAAUGCUGAAAUUGUGUAUUCUAUUGAAUCAGGCAAUAUUGGAAAUUCCUUCUUUAUAGAUCCCAUCUUGGGUAUGAUUAAAAUUGCAAAAGAAUUAGAUCGUAGUAACCAGGAAGAAUACAACUUGAUAGUAAAAGCUACAGACAAAGGAGAUCCUCCAAUGAGUGAAGUGACCUCUGUGCACAUAUUUGUUACAGUUUCUGACAAUGCCUCGCCAAAAUUCACGGCCAAAGAAUAUUCUACAGAAAUCAGUGAAAGUGCCAGCAUUGGCAGUUUUGUUGGAAUGGUUACAGCAUACAGUCAGUCUUCGGUAGUUUAUGAAAUAAAGGAUGGUAAUAUAGGUGAUGCCUUUGCUAUCAACCCCAACUCAGGUGUCAUUGUUUCUCAGAAGAUUCUUGAUUUUGAAACUUUGCCUGUUUACACAUUGACUGUGCAGGGAACAAACAUGGCUGGCUUGUCCACUAAUGCAACAGUUUUGGUCCAUCUUCGCGAUGAGAAUGACAAUACACCAAUUUUUAUGCAGGCUGAAUAUACAGGACUCAUCAGUGAAUCAGCUUCAAUUAACAGUGUGGUUCUAACUGACAAGAAUGUCCCAUUAGUAAUUCGAGCUACAGAUGCUGAUAAAGAAUCAAAUGCUUUGCUUGUUUAUCAAAUUGUUGAACCAUCUGUCCGCAAGUAUUUUGCCAUUGAUUCUAGCACUGGUGCUGUUAGAACAGUAAUGAGUCUGGACUACGAGGAGACAAACAUUUUCCACUUUUCAGUUCAAGUACAUGAUAUGGGGAUACCACGUUUAUAUGCAGAAUAUGCAGCUAAUGUUACUAUUUAUGUAAUUGACAUCAAUGAUUGUCCUCCUGUGUUUUCAAGAGAGUUGUACGAGACAUCCAUUUUGGUUCCAACCUAUAAAGGCGUGAAAGUCAUCAGCGUAAAUGCCACUGAUGCUGAUUCAGGCAUUUUUUCACAAUUAAUUUAUUCCAUUAUUGAAGGCAACAUUGGAGAAAAAUUUUCAAUAAACCCUAAGACUGGAGAUAUAACAGUACAAAAUACAACUCAGCUACGAAGCAGAUACGAAUUAACAGUGAGAGCAUCUGAUGGCAGAUUUGCAAGCACUGCAUCUGUAAAAAUUAAUGUGAAAGAAAGCAAGACAAGCCAGCUGAAAUUUGCACAGAGUUCUUACUCUGCAACAGUGCAGGAGAAUUCCACCGAGGCAAAAACAAUAGCUGUGGUUACUGCUAUAGGGAAUCAAAUAAAUGAGCCUUUGUUUUACCAUAUUCUAAAUCCAGACAGCAGAUUUAAAAUAAGCCCAACUUCAGGAGUCCUUUCAACAACAGGAAUUCCAUUUGAUCGUGAACAGCAAGAAUCUUUUGAUGUGGUCAUAGAAGUGACAGAGGAACAUAAACCAUCAGUUGUUGCACAUAUUGUAGUUAAAGUCACAGUGGAAGAUGUAAAUGACAACGCUCCGUUUUUUGUUAAUCUUCCAUAUUAUGCUGUUGUUAAAGUAGACGCUGAAGUAGGCCAUGUUGUUCGACGUGUCACUGCUGUAGAUAAAGAUACAGGCAGAAAUGGAGAGGUGCAUUACUAUCUUAAAGAACAUCAUGAACAUUUCCAAAUUGAUCCAACUGGUGAAAUCUCACUGAAGAAGAAGUUUGAACCAGACACACUAAAUAAGGAGUACCUGAUCACAGUAGUGGCAAAAGAUGGAGGAGAACCUGCUUUUUCUGCUGAAGUUAUAGUCCCAAUUACAGUUAUGAAUAAAGCUAUGCCAGUUUUUGAAAAGCCUUUCUACAGUGCAGAGAUACCAGAAAACAUUCAGCUCCAUAGUCCUGUUGUACAUGUACAAGCAAUCAGCCCAGAAGGACUUAAAGUGUUUUACAGCAUCACAGAUGGAGAUCCUUUCAAUCAGUUCACUAUCAACUUCAACACUGGAGUUAUAAAUGUUGUUGCCCCUCUUGACUUCGAGUCUCAUCCAGCCUACAAGCUGAGUAUUCGGGCAACAGACUCCCUAACUGGGGCACAUGCUGAUGUGUUUGUAGACAUAAUAGUAGAAGACAUCAAUGAUAAUCCUCCCGUGUUUACAGAGCAGUCUUACACUGCAACCCUUUCUGAGGCAUCUGUCAUUGGAACAUCUGUUAUACAAGUGAGCGCUACAGAUGCUGAUUCUGGAACAAACAGGGGGAUUUCCUAUCAUUUGGUUGAGGAUAACAGUGAAAGUCAUGACUACUUCCACAUAGACAGCAGCACUGGACUCAUUCUCACAGCAAGAACUUUGGACUACGAAAAAAUUCAGCAACACAAGUUACUAAUAAGGGCAAUAGAUGGUGGCAUGCUGCCCUUGAGCAGUGACACUAUUGUAACUGUUGAUGUAACUGAUCUCAAUGACAACCCCCCUCUUUUUAACCAAUUGCUUUAUGAAGCUAAAAUUAGUGAACUGGCUCCCCAUGGACAUUUUGUGACGUGUGUGCAAGCGUCAGAUGCAGAUAGUUCGGAUGUUGACAAGCUGGAGUACUCUAUUCUGACAGGCAAUGACCAAAAGAAUUUUGUAAUUAAUAGUAAAACUGGCAUUAUUACUGUCUCAAACCUACGCAGACAGACGCUAAAGUCACAUUACAAUCUUAAUGUGUCUGUUUCUGAUGGGGUUUUCAGAAGUUCAGCCCAAGUUCGUAUAACUGUAACCAGUGCCAAUAUGCACAGCCCUGUUUUCAGCCAGAAUGAAUAUGAGGUUGAACUAGCUGAAAAUGCUCCAUUGCAUACUUUGGUGACUGAAGUUAAAGCAACGGAUGAAGAUUCUGGUACUUACGGCCAUAUCACUUACCACAUUGUAAAUGACUUUGCCAAAGAUAGGUUUUAUACAAAUGAGAGAGGGCAAAUAUUUACCUCUGAAAAGCUUGACCGUGAAACACAAGCAGAAAAAGUAAUUGCCAUUAGUUUAAUGGCCAAAGAUUCAGGAGGAAAAGUUGCUUUCUGUACGGUCAAUGUAAUACUUACAGAUGACAAUGAUAAUGCUCCUCAAUUCCGAGCAACAGAGUAUGAAGUAAAUAUUGGAUCUGAUGUUCCACGGGGUACUUCUGUUAUUAAAAUUUGGGCUUCUGAUGCUGAUGAGGGUACAAAUGCAGACAUCACAUAUGCUAUCGAAGCAGAGUCUGAAAAUGUUAAAGAGAAUUUAGAAAUUGAUUCAUUGUCUGGUAUCAUUACUACAAAAGAAAGCUUAAUUGGUUUAGAAAAUGAGUUUCUAACCUUCUUUGUUAGAGCAGUCGAUGGUGGAUCCCCCCAGAAAGAGUCAGUUGUUCCUGUCUAUGCUAGAAUACUACCACCAGAAGUGCCUCUUCCAAAAUUUUCAGAACCGUUUUAUUCUUACACGGUUUCCGAGGACAUUCCAAUUGGAACUGUGAUAGAUGUUAUCAAAGCAGAGCAUAAUCAGACUUUGGUAUAUAGUCUGAUUAAAGGGAACACUCCUGAAAGCAAUAGAGAUGAUUUUUUUGUGAUUGACCGACAGACUGGAAGGUUGAAACUUGAGAAGAAUCUUGAUCAUGAAACAACUAAAUGGUACCAAUUCUCAGUGCUAGCACAGUAUACAAAUGAAGAUUAUAAUGUUGUUUCCACAGUAGAGGUAAGCAUUCAGGUAAAAGAUGCAAAUGAUAACAAACCAGUUUUGGAGUCCAAUCCAUAUGAAGCAUUCAUCGUAGAAAAUAUGCCAGCUGGAACAAGAGUCAUCCAAGUUAAAGGCACUGACUCAGAUUCAGGACUCAAUGGGCAGGUCACUUACAGCUUAGAUCCUUCUCAAGAACUGGACAUUAUAGAGUCUUUUACCAUAAACAUGGAAACUGGCUGGAUUACGACUCUCAAAGAACUUGACCAUGAGAAGCGAGACAAAUACAAAAUAACAGUGGUUGCAUCUGAUCGGGGUGAAAAAAUUCAGCUGUCUUCUUUGGCUGUGGUUGAAGUUACUGUUACAGAUGUGAAUGACAAUCCUCCGCGCUUUACUGCAGAGAUAUAUAAAGGAACAGUCAGUGAGGAUGACCCUCCUGGUGGAGUAAUUGCCAUCUUAAGUACAACCGAUGCUGAUACGGAAGAAGCCAAUAGACAAGUCUCUUACUACAUUACAGGAGGUGAUCCCUUGGGACAGUUUGCUGUUGAAAAUAUACAGAAUGAAUGGAAAGUCUAUGUGAAAAAGCCCCUGGACAGGGAAGAAAAGGACAAUUAUCUUCUAAAUAUUACAGCGACUGAUGGGACAUUUGCAACUAGAGCUGUGGUGGAGGUUAAAGUCCUUGAUGCCAAUGAUAAUAGUCCUGUUUGUGAAAAGGCUUUAUACACCGACACUGUUCCGGAGGAUGCCCUUCCUGGCAAACUGAUAAUGCAGGUAUCUGCUACAGAUGCAGAUAUUCGUUCCAAUGCAGAAAUUACUUACACAUUGCAUGGCACAGGAGCAGAGAAGUUCGGACUCACUCCAGACACAGGUGAAUUGAAAACAUUAAUGCCACUUGACCGUGAGCAGCAAGCGGUUUAUUACCUUCUCGUGAAAGCCACAGAUGGAGGAGGAAGAUUCUGCCAGGCUAAUAUUAUUCUGACUCUGGAAGAUGUGAAUGAUAAUGCCCCAGAGUUUACAGCUGAUCCGUACUCCAUUACAGUAUUUGAAAACACAGAGCCUAAAACCCUUUUGACAAGAGUGCAGGCAACAGAUGCAGAUGCAGGAAUGAACCGCAAAAUCCAUUAUUCACUGGUGAACUCUGCAGAGGGCCAGUUCUCUAUCGAUGAAUUCUCUGGAAUCAUCCGGUUGGAGAAGCCUUUGGAUAGGGAAUUACAAGCUGUGUACACUCUGAUUUUGAAGGCUACAGAUGAAGGUUUACCUAGAAGACUUUCUUCCACAAGUAGUCUUAUAGUUUCCGUUUUGGAUAUAAAUGAUAAUCCACCUGUAUUUGAGCAUAGGGAAUAUAGUGCAAGUGUAUCAGAAGACACUUUGGUUGGAACUGAAGUUAUACAGAUCUACGCUGCAAGCAGGGACAUUGAAGCCAAUGCUGAAAUCACAUACUCAAUAGCCAGUGGGAAUGAACAUGGAAAAUUCAGUAUUGAUUCAACAACAGGAGCCAUUUUUAUCAUUGAAAGCUUGGAUUAUGAAAGUUCUCAUGAGUAUUACUUGACAGUGGAAGCCACAGAUGGAGGCACACCUUCAUUAAGUGAUGUUGUAACAGUGAAUAUUAAUGUAACAGAUAUCAAUGACAAUACUCCAGUGUUCAGCCAAGACACCUACACUGCAGUAAUCAGUGAAGAUGCUGUGCUUGAACAGUCAGUCAUUACAGUUAUGGCAGAUGAUGCUGAUGGACCUUCCAACAACUAUAUUCACUAUGCAAUUAUAGAUGGCAAUCAGGGAAAUCCUUUUACAAUUGACCCUACCAGGGGUGAAAUAAAAGUGACUAAACUUCUAGACCGAGAAAAGAUUUCAGGAUAUACUUUGACAGUUCAAGCUUCAGAUAAUGGAAACCCACCUAGACAUAACACAACCACAGUUAACAUUGAUGUUUCUGAUGUAAAUGACAAUCCUCCAGUAUUCUCAAAAGGAAACUAUAGCGUUAUCAUCCAGGAAAAUAAGCCUAUUGGAUUUAGUGUGCUGCAGCUGGUGGUGACAGACAAAGAUUCUUCUCACAAUGGUCCUCCUUUCCUCUUCACCAUCCUGAGUGGAAAUGAAGAAAACACUUUCCAGAUUAACCAGCAAGGAGUACUGACAACAACUGCUGCACUGAACCGAAAAGUGAGGGAUCACUAUUUACUUCACGUUAAGGUCACAGAUAAUGGAAAGCCACCGUUGUCAUCUCUGACUUACAUUGAUAUUAGAGUUAUUGAGGAAAGCAUUUAUUCUCCAGCAAUUCUGCCUCUGGAAAUCUUUAUUACAGCCUUUGGGGAAGAAUACUCAGGUGGUGUCAUUGGAAAAAUUCAUGCAACUGAUCAAGAUGUUUACGAUACUUUGACAUAUAGCCUGGACCCCAAAAUGGAAUCCUUGUUCUCCGUUUCCAGUACUGGAGGCAAACUAAUAGCACAUAAGAAGUUAGAUGUAGGACAAUACCUCCUAAACGUCACAGUUACAGAUGGAAAAUUUACAACUGCAGCUGAUAUUACUGUGCACAUCAGACAAAUCACACAAGAUUUACUAAAUCACAGCAUUGCAAUACGCUUUGCAAACCUUGCUCCUGAAGAAUUCAUUGGGGAUUACUGGCGCAAUUUCCAGAGAGCUUUAAGAAACAUCUUGGGUGUGAGGAGAAACGACAUCCAGAUUGUUAGUUUGCAGCCUUCUGAUCCUCCUUCAAACCUUGAUGUCCUCCUGAAUAUCGAAAAAUCUGGCAGCUCUCAGCACCCAAUGAGAAUUUUGGUCCACAAGAUAAACUCUUCUGUGCCUGACCUAGAGGAGAUUUUAGGUGUCCGGAUAAUUGAUGUUUUCCAUAAGCUAUGUGCGGGCCUAGACUGUCCUUUGAAAUUCUGUGAAGAAAAAGUAACAGUGGAUGAGAACAUCAUGUCAACCCACAGUACGGCCAGGCUGAGUUUUGUCACUCCCCGUCAUCACAGAACAGCAGUUUGUCUUUGUAAAGAAGGGAAAUGCCCUGUAGUAAAUAGUGUGUGUGAAGGAAACCCAUGCCCUGAAGGUACAGAAUGUUUAGGAGAUCCAAAGGAAGGAAAAUACACCUGUGUUUGCCAUGACAGCAAGGCUGGACAGUGUCCUGAAUCAGUUGGCUCUGCUGUGACAUUUAGUGGGAGCAGCUAUGUGAAAUACCGUCUCAUGGAAAACGAGAACAAAGAGGAAAUGAAGCUGACAAUGAGACUUAGAACCUACUCUGCUCAUGCAGUUGUUAUGUAUGCUCGAGGAACAGACUACAGUAUCUUAGAGAUUCACCAUGGACGGCUGCAAUAUAAAUUUGAUUGUGGUAGUGGACCUGGGAUUGUCUCUGUUCAGAGCAUUCAGAUUAACGAUGGUCAGUGGCAUUCAGUAUCUCUUGAAGUAGAUGGAAAUUACGCACGACUUGUUCUGGACAGGGUGCAUACUGCAUCUGGUACUGCUCCUGGUACACUUAGGACACUAAACCUAGAUAAUCAUGUGUAUUUUGGUGGUCAUAUUCGGCAGCAAGGUACAAGACACGGUAGGAGUCCUCAGGUUAGCAAUGGUUUCAGAGGCUGCAUGGACUCUAUUGUACUUAAUGGACAAGAGCUUCCCCUAAACAGCAAGCCACGAAAUUAUGCACACCUGGAAGAAUCUGUUGAUGUGACUCCUGGGUGCUUACUCACCACCACAGAAGGUUGUUCAAGCAACCCCUGUCAGAAUGGAGGCAUCUGCAAUGCACUGUCAAAUGGAGGUUACUACUGCAAGUGUGCUCCUCUGUUCAUGGGAACUCACUGCGAUGUAAGCGUCAACCCAUGUGCUUCCAAUCCCUGCCUUUAUGGUGGUACUUGCAUCCCAGUCAGUGAUGAUUUCAUCUGCCAAUGCCGAGGACAAUACACAGGCCAAAGGUGCCAGCUGGGUCCAUAUUGUAAAGACAAUCCUUGUAAAAAUAGCGGCAAGUGUAUUGACAGUUUGGAUGGACCUGUUUGUGAGUGUGAAGUGGGCUUCCGUGGAGAAAGGUGCCUGACUGAUGUUGAUGAGUGCACAGAAAACCCCUGUCUUAAUGGUGCCCAUUGUGAGAAUACUUACGGUUCAUAUCACUGCAAUUGUAGCCGUGGCUUUGGAGGGAAACACUGCACAGACAUUGUUCUUAACAACUAUGUUUCAACGCCUUGGAACAUUGGCUUAGCUGAAGUAAUCGGAAUUAUUGUUUUCAUUGCGGGAAUAUUCUUGUUAGUUGGGAUUUUUGUUGUUUGCCGCAAAGUGAUCAGUAGAAAGAAGAAACACCAGCCAGAACCUGAAGACAAGCAACUGGGAGCUACAACAGCUUUCUUGCAAAGACCGUAUUUUGAUGCAAAAUUGAACAAGAACAUCUAUUCUGACAUCCCACCACAGGUUCCUGUUCGUCCCAUUUCAUACACUCCAAGCAUUCCAAGUGACUCCAGGAAUAAUCUUGACAGGAAUUCUUUUGAGGGGUCUGCUAUCCCCGAGCACCCAGAGUUUAGUACUUUUAACCCAGAUUCUGUACAUGGUCACCGGAAGGCUGUAGCUGUUUGCAGUGUAGCACCAAACCUGCCACCUCCACCUCCCUCCAACUCUCCUUCAGACAGCGAUUCAAUACAGAAGCCCAGCUGGGAUUUUGACUAUGACGCUAAAGUAGUAGAUCUUGACCCCUGCCUUUCAAAAAAGCCUCUGGAUGAAAAGAGCUCCCAUCCAUAUAGUGCUAGAGAAAGCAUGUCUGAGGUCCAGUCUCUCAGCUCCUUCCAAUCUGAAUCAUGUGAUGACAAUGCUUCCGUAGUGACUGUAAUACACCUUGUCAAUGCUGUUGUUGACUCGGUGGAAAAAGAAGAAUCUUUUGCUGUUCCUGACCUCAGCAAUUCAAGAGGUUAUCACUGGGAUACAUCAGACUGGAUGCCAAGUGUUCAGCUGCCAGGUAUCCAAGAGUAUCCGAAUUACGAAGUGGUUGAGGAGUCAGCUCCCCUCUAUACGGAUCCAAAUGCCAUCGAUACAGACUAUUACCCUGGCGGUUAUGACAUAGAAAGUGAUUUUCCACCUCCACCUGAUGACUUCCCUGCACCUGAUGAGCUUCCACCAUUACCACCAGAAUACAGCGACCAGUUUGAGUCAAUACAGCCACCCAGAGACAUGCCAGCCGUAGGUAGCUUGGGUUCCUCUACAAGAAGCAGGCAGAGGUUUAACCUUAACCAGUAUCUUCCCCAUCACUACCCUGCAGACAUGUCAGAACCUCAGACCACAACCAGUGGUGUCAAUGGCAGUUACAGAGAACCUUACGCUCCUUACACGCUAGGGUACAAUAGAGACUUUGAAGCACCCACUGUAGACAACAUGUCCAUGUCUGUGUAUGCUUCCACAGCUUCAUGCUCUGAUGUGUCAGCAUGCUGUGAAAUGGAGUCUGAAGUCAUGAUGAGUGACUAUGAGAGUGGAGAUGACAGUCAUUUCGAAGAUGUGAAAAUUCCUCCACUUGAUUCCCAGCAACAUACAGAAGUCUGACACUCACACUCAACAAAAGUGCCUGGACUAUUAAACUAUCAAUUCUAGAUCAACUUCCACGAUCUUUUAUUUUCCCUCCCCCCUCCUUUUUCCCAGCCACAGUGAAUGCUUCUGUUUCAGUGAGCUAAACUGGCAUGGUGACAUUGGAUCAUGCAGUUCAUUUCACUAAAUCAGCCUGUUUCCAUUUCCUGACCUACUAUAAUUGGACUGUUCCAAGAUUUCCACUGACUCUGCCAUUUCUGAAUGUGCUUUUUGUACUUGCAUUGUCUAUGUUAAAAAAAAAAUCACAUACCACUUCUCCAUGUUAGCAUGAUGCAUAUUUAUAUAGUUCUAAUAAAAAUUAAUUUUCUCCUACUUUUUGUAAAUGUUAUGUACAGUUUUGAUUUUAAUAGUUUUAACUAGAUUUUGUAGAUAUUUUGUGAAUUUGUUUUCCACUGAAAGUAGUGGUGUUUGUGUGCCAUUAAAAACUAGCCCCCUGACUUAUUAUAAUGAGGGCAUCACUGUAUGUAUUCCCCCAAAAAAACUAAGGUUUGACAUUUCAUUAUAAAAUCUCAGCAUAUUCACAAAAUUCCAAUUGUACAUAGGUUAGGUCUGAUAUUUUUCUGGGUCAGCUACAUGGAAAUGUCUUAAAUGGGUUGCUGUAUUUUAGAACUGUAAACAUUUUUUCCCUUCUUGGAAAGUGUGUUGAGGACCCUCUACAUACCAGUUUAGAACCAAAACCACCAUGACACAGUUUUUAUAGUGUCUGUAUAUUUGUGAUCCAAUGGUCUUGUAAAGGUUUUUACUGGAAAUUACCAUUAGCUGGUCUUUCUUACUGACAAUAAAUUAUUAAUAAAAUA